CCCGACCUGCAGCUCCUUAUGGCUGUGUAUGAUGAGAACAUCAUGAAGAACCCGUUCUACUUGGCGCUGGAGAAGCAGAGACCGGACCUCUGCAGCCGAGUGGCCGAGCUGCACGGCAUCGUUCUGGUGCCGUGUGUGGGAAGUUUGACCGUCAGCAGCUUCUCAGACUCUCAGUUCGACAGCUAUGUGCUGCAGCCGGCAGAGGACGGGUACCUCACUGCGGACGGAAAGGAGGUCCGGAUCCAGGACAGACGGGUCUUUCUGGGCCCCGGCUCCCUGGCCUCGGUGCCCAUCCUGUUCGAGGAGACGUUUUACAACCAGCAGGAGCAGAGCUACAGCAUCCUGGUUCUCUCCCGACCCGUGGAGGAGGAUCCUGGCCCGGCAGAUCUCAGCCCGCCGCCUCCCUUCUGCCUGCGGAGCCUGGAGGACGUCCGGGGGUUCCUGGGCCGCCACGCGCAGAAACUGGACAAACUCAUCCAGAACUUCUGCCAGAACUUCAGAGAGCAGGAGAGGAAGGGGCUGCGGCACCACAUCGACUCGGUGAAUGGUCUUUACACUAAAUGUCUUCAGUGUCUGCUGAGAGACUCUCGCCUGAAACUCCUGGCCAAACAGCAGCUUCAGAUGACUCUGCUCAAACAGGCUGUGGAGAUGUAUGUUCAUCAUGGUAUCCAUGAUUUAAUUUUUAACUUUGUGGGAACGCUUGAAGCCAGCCAGGACGCUGCUUUCAAUAAAACCACACGCAGUUUGCACGAUCUGCAGCAGAAAGAGCUGGGAGUCAAACCGGAGUUCAGUAUGAACUUGUCGCGGGCGAAGAGAGAGCUGAGUCAGCUGAACCUGCAGACCUCCCCCCUCCUCAAGCUGAUGUGUCUGCGCCGAGUCGCCCUGACCGCCACCCAGAGCCCCCGAGCAUCUGUGAGUAUUGAGGCUGUGUGUGCAGACGACCUGCUGUCCGUCAUCCUCUAUCUGCUGGUGAAGACGGAGAUCCCCAACUGGAUGGCCAACCUCAGCUACAUCAAGAACUUCUGCUUCAGCCACUGGAGCAAAGACGAGCUGAGCUACUGUCUGAGCACCUUCGAGGCUGCGGUCCAGUUCAUCAACCUGGGGAAGCUGCGACACACACACACCGGCUCCGGUCCGCUGAACGAUAAGACGUUGUUCAAAGAGAGGAUGAGUCUUCUGUCUCAGAGCGCCGCCACACCCAUCCACUGUCUGUUUGAGCACAUAGCCAAUGGAGAUGAGGUGGAGGUGAAGCGUCUGCUGAGUGAAGGAGAGAACAACGAGGACGUCAGGAUGUGUCACCCCCUCUGCUCCUGUGACCUCUGUGACCUCCAGGUGUCCGGGCGUUUGAACGACCCGUCCAUCGUCACGCCGUUCUCCCGAGACGACCGAGGUUACACUCCGCUGCACGUCGCCGCCAUCUACGGUCAGUCCCGCCUGAUCGACUUGCUGGUGUGUAAAGGAGCGGCGGUGAACGCCACGGACUACCAUGCCCUCGCUCCACUGCACCUGGCCUGCCAGAAGGGGUACCAGGGAGUCACGCUGCUGCUGCUGCACUAUAAAGCCAACACUGACGCUCAGGACAACAACGGAAACACACCGCUGCACCUCGCCUGCAUGUACGGCCACGAAGACUGUGUGAAGGCGAUGGUUUACUACGACGUGCAGACGUGCCGCCUGGAGCUUCAGAACGAUAAAGGCGACACGGCGCUGCACAUCGCGGCGCGUUGGGGCUACGAGGGGAUCAUCGUGGUGCUGCUGGAGAACGGAGCCAACACCGACGUCUUCAACAAGAGCCGAGACACGCCGCUGCACUGCGCUCUCAACCCCAAGAUCCUGGUGUUGCUACAGUCGACUCGGAGCAGUCAGCGCAGCGGAGUCGAUUCUCCCAGUCGCUCUCCUCUGGCUUCAGAAUGCAGCAGCCGGCGAUCCUCCGCCUCCAGCGAGUCCUCUCUGAACUCUGAAGUCAAACCGGAGGGAGAGAGAGUCCGACACCGAGAGGUGGAGAAGCUGCUGCGUGCCAUAGCAGACGGCGAUGUGGAGAUGGUGCGUUACUUGUUGGAGUGGAUGGAUGAGGAAGAGGGUGAUGAAGAGGAUCUUCGGUCUGAGGUUCUGCUUUGCCAUCCGCUGUGUCAGUGUCCAAACUGCGCUCCCACUCAGAAGCUCUCUGUGCUGCAGGCCGGCUCUCUGGGGGUGAACAGCUGUAACGUGGACGGCUUCUCUCCUCUUCACGUCGCUGCGCUGCACGGACACGCGCCACUGCUCGCUCUGCUGAUCCGACACGGAGCCAACGUCAACGCCAGAAACAACCACAGCGCCACGCCGCUACACCUGGCCGCCCAGAACAGCCACGUCCAGGUGAUGAGGUUCCUGUUGGAGUGCAACGCCAAACUGAACAAGAAGGAUCACUAUGGAAACACGCCGCUCAUCCAGGCCUGUCUGUGUGGGAACCUGGAGACCGCCAGCACCUUGUUACAGAGCGAUGCGUUGGUGAACGUGGUGAACCAGCAGGGGAACACGGCGCUGCACGAGGCGGUGCGGGGGGGGCAGCAGGCGCUGGUGGAGCUGCUGCUGAGGGGGGGGGCGGCGCCGGACCUCAAGAACAAGAGGCAGAGGACAGCGCUGGAAUGCGCCUACGAGCUGGGAGGCAAGAACACGGAGAUCCUGAGAGCUCUGCAGCAAGCGUCCGGACUUUCUCCCGACGCUGAGCCAAUCAAACUCCUCUCUGUGCCCAAAGGCGCUCUGGCUCAUUCCUUCGUGCAGCGUCUGCGUCUUCAUGAUCACGCAAACGGCCGGAGACAGAAACUAGCUCAGUCCAUCAGCAGGAUGAAUCAGAUGAAGAAAGGAUCGUCCAGGUGUUCACCGAACCUCAACCAGGAGAGUCCGGAGAGGAGGAGGCUGAGGAGGGGGGAGACCCUGGAGGUCAGCAGCCCCUCAGAAAGCCUCGAUCGUGGGGCUCGGAUCAGGGAGAGGCCCCUGGGUCGCUGGCACACCCUGGACUCAGGAGAACACACAGAAGAACCUCCUGAACACACUCAGAACGCUCCUGAACACACUCAGAACGCUCCUGAACACACUCCACAGGACAGACACCAGACAGAAGACACACACACCGAGGACACUGACGUCUGCAGCGUCAGCAGUGAGAACUCUUCUGAAAACCCCCCUACACACACUUCAUCUACACACACCUUAUCUGUACCCCCUCCCACAAACACAUCUCCUACACAAACCUCACCUGUAUCUCACACAUCUCCUACACACACCUCAUCAGAAAACCCUCCUACACACACAUCUCCUACAUACACCUCAUCAGAAAACCCUCCUACACACACUUCAUCUACACACACCUCAUCAGAAAACCCUCCUACACACACUUCAUCUACACACACCUCAUCAGAAAACCCUCCUACACACACCUCAUCUGUAUCUCCUACACACACCUCACCAGAAAACCCUCCUACACACACCUCAUCUCCAACACACACUGUAUCUACACACACCUCAUCAACACACACCUUAUCUGAAUCUCCUCCCACACACACCUCAAACACUUCUCCUGACCCCACAGAGGAUUCUCACCCCACCAGUCUCCACCCUCUAAAUGGAGAGUUGGAGUCAUGUGACGACCAAAGUCCGUCAGGAAAAGAGGGCGGGGCUUCCUCUCCCACCUCCAUCCCGACCAAUGGAGGAGGAGAGUCAGGUCGUUGAGGUUGGGAAUGAAAAGGAUAUGCAGAAGCCCUGAGGCGAACGAGGAAAUACAAAUUAUGGGAGUUUUUUUUUGUUUUCAAUCCUGGUCUAAAAUUUUCUCUCCUGUGUUUAUGACUUAAAAACAGGUGAAAAAUAAAAGUAUUUGCCAGGAUUAUCUCCUUAAAAUUAUCUUUAAAUAAUCAAAAUAGUGCUUUAUUAAUUAAAUGUAGUCGUAUUAUUAUAAAUGAAAGAUAUAUUAUUAUUUUUUAUUAAUAAUUACUAUUGUUUAGAAGAAUUACAUAGCGAUAAUAUUGCUUUAUUUAAUAAUAAUAAAGCAUUAUUUUAAAUGUUUAAAGCGCUUGUUGUAAUACUCACUUUGGCCACCAGAGGCUCCGAUUCUGCACAACACUACCAGCUGAUUAACGCGGAUUAAAAUACAUUUCUAGCCAAAAAUAAGUAUUAUAACUUGAUUUGCAAUAGCCUAUUAUAUAUACCAGUACUUGGAGAAACUAAAACAUCAUAAAUCCUUUUCAUAUUCAGAACGUAGGGUAGUGAGCGCACCUAUCAACCUCUUGAGGCCAAAAACAGUAUUACAACAGCAAACUCCUAAACUAAAAAAUUAUGAAUCACCUUCCAAAACUUAUUUUUCCCCGGUUUUCAACAUUUCUUUUAGAUAAAUGAUCUCGGCAAAAGCUUUUCCUGGCAAAAAAACUUUAUUUUUAACCCUUUAAAUCAGAAAUACAUGAGAAAACCUUCUGGAUCAGACUUUAGAAAAUGGAUCGAGGAUGAAGCUGCCUCUUAUAGUCGCUGUAUCUCCGGUAGAAAACCACUGACUUUUGAUGCUUAUGACUGUAUUUUAACCCAUUUGAUUCCAACAUGUUUGUGUAACUGAUCCUGCAUUCGGGUUUUUCAAGUUUCUGCAGAAAUGCAAUUAGAUCUGGUUGGUCUUAUCCACCAGCCGGGGUGAAGUCCUCCACUUCUCUUCUCUUGAGUUUGAAGCACUUUCUUGGCUUCACAAAAUAAGUAAAAGGGAUGCAAACGGACAUGGAAACGGUUUGCUUUAGAGUUCAGCCGUUAGCUGAGCUCUGUGAGACUUUAGUGGGAAAACAUGUAGUUUUACUUGAAUUUUUCAGUGUUCAAAUGUUGGUUUGUUUGUUAUUUUUCCCCGUUUAACAUCCAACUUAUAUUUUUAUUAGGAUUCUUUUAAUUUAUUUAUGACCCCUUGUUGAUGUGGCGUGUGUUCAGAGAGGUAGAUUCUUUUCCUGAAUGUCAGAAAUGUGUGUUUUCUGCUCAGAUAUAGUUCAGGUUAAAGGAUCACACUGCUGGUUUUUAAUGUUUUAUAUCCCAUUAAAUACAUUAUAUUUUUUUG